GGCAGAGGCACUGUGAUGCCCUUAAGAGCAGCAGCAUUUCAAUCUGUGUGGUUGUAAUUCUUAUUAGCUGUUCUAGUGUUCUCCUUAGAAUGUGUGUUCUGAACUGUGGAUAUGAACAUCUGGUGGGAACAGUUUAAAAUAAUUUUAGAAGUUGAAAAAAAGCUGUUUUAUUACUUCUAAUGACAAAAAUUCUAGGGAGUUAAUCUUACGCCAUUUGAGACUUGCUCUAAGAAGCCAAAUGCUGCUUUUCCAUCUGCGAUUUAGCUCCCUGUAAACUCAGGAUAGGUUCAAAGAUGGGAAAAUGAGAUCUCUGGAUUUUAACUCUUUUUUUCACAUGCAUCUAUAAAGGAAUCUCACAGAAGCAUCAUCAAAUGGGGUAUUUCUUUUCAUGAUACUUUUGAGAACACAGGCUUUUCAAUGUGGCCAACUUCAGAAACCUGACUAGAGUGGACAAGGAAAUUAGCUGCCUUAUCUAAUACUCUGUGCUCCUGGACAGUGGCUGCUGUUCUGGCUUCUCUUAUCUCCUGAAGAACUGUGGAGAGUGCUUGAAUUGGGAGGUGUGAAUACCACUCUCUCCUUUAAACAACAACAAAGAUGUUUAGUUUGUUUUUUAAAGACACAUGGUAGGAAGGAGAAGCUUCUGGGUCUUUCCUUAUUUUGUGAAUUUGCAGAAAGUAUGGCUGGGAGAAGAUGAACUCAAAAUACACUUAUCCAAAAAGAUGUGGAGGAGCAGAAUUUCAGAUUUUAUUGUUCAUUGCAGGCUCAUGAGUGUGUCUCAGUGCAUAUACGCUGUGUUAUUUUGCUUUACAGCACAUAGUUCUUUUCAGACUAUGUGGGAGCGAAUCAAGAAGUUGAGGAGUUUGACCAGGUAUAUACAAGUUACAUCUCUGAGAUAAUUAAUUUUUCUGUAUUUUCUUACAUACCCUCUUUGACUUUGUUUAUGGGAGAUAUUUCCAUUCUAAGUGAGUAUGUUCUUGUACAUUGCUAUUGUUAAUAUUUCUUUCAAUUACAGGAAAAGUAUGCAAACUACUAGAAAAACUACCUUACAGAAUAGAUAUUUAUCCCCCUGGUCUUGGCCUUGUAGCAGCUAAUUGAUUUUUCAGUUCUGUCUUACCCUGUUUUGGAUCUGAAUGUUGACUUUGUGUCUUUAUAAGUGACCGUAUCAGAAUUUGGCUCUGGAUCUACUACAUUUAUACCAGAUCUGUAUUCAGAUGAUUUUGAUGGGCUAGGCUGGUCUGUGUAUUGAUUCAUUGGCAGCAUUUCCAUCUGCCAUACACACAAAGUUCUGGUCUGCCUCAAAGCAAUUCUUUUGGAGCGAAUUCUCCUAGCACUGUAAGAGGUUGUCAUUUAUGAUUCUUUAUUCUCUGGCAUGAGACAUUACAUGUGAACCUUCACUCUGUGAAAUGGUGACAAAAGAUCUUCGUGAAGUGAACCAUUCAGUUUCUCUUUACCUUUAGUGAGCAAAGUUUUCAAAGACAGCCAUACUAAGUCCCACUCUAGAAAGUCACUUUGUGGGAAGGAGGCUUCCCGCCACCUCUGUUUGCAUGUACAAUAUGAAAAAGGAGGCAAUCUUGCAAUGCUCGGCCUAUUACAAGUAUAUUAAGUUCACUGGAAGUGUAAAAUACAGUCUCCGGUUCAGUUGCUUGUGAUUUGCUAGUGAUGGUAAAACUAAUUUCCUCAAAAAAAAAAAAAAAGCUUAUUUCUUUUAUAUGAAUCACUUUUGGAAGGGAAGAUAUUUUUGUGCUUUUUUGGAAAUAGUGUCAGGCUUUGGUUAGGCUUUUUGGGUUUCCUUAUUUUGGGAAUUAGUCUUAUAAAAGUUGAAAGCAUUAUUGAGUUUACUACAAUGAGACGUGUUCUCAGUGAACAAAGUUGAAGUAGUUAGCUGCAUACUGAAGGGUCAGUGAAAAGAGUUUUGUUGAAAGGUUUCUCGGAAAUCUCAACUCCCAUGAAAAUGAGGAGGUUAGAUUUUCUGUACCUGCCUAGAAGGAAAAAAGUAUUUUGGCAUCUGAUUUCCAAGUCUGCGCCCCAGAGGUAUGUAUGAGGGCUUUGCUGCUAGGAGAACACCCAGACCUUGUUGAUACCAGGAUUGGUAUGUGGCUGCCUGCUGUUUCCCGUGGAGAUCAUGAAACGACGUCGGCUUCCUAGCAGCAGUGAGGAUUCUGAUGACAAUGGCAGUCUGUCCACCUGGUCCCAGCAUUCCAGAUCUCGACAUCGGAGGACUUCAUGUUCCAGACAUGAAGAUCGAAAACCUUCUGAGGUGUUCAGAACGGACCUGAUCACUGCCAUGAAGUUACAUGACUCCUUCCAGCUGAACCCUGAUGAAUACUAUGUGCUGGCAGACCCCUGGAGGCAGGAGUGGGAAAAGGGAGUUCAGGUGCCAGUUAGCCCAGGGACCAUCCCAGAACCAGUAGCCAGGAUUGUGUCCGAGACGAAAGCUGUCACGUUUACACGUCCCAGGAAGUACAUUGUUUCGUCAGGUUUGGAGCCUCCAGAGCUGGGCUAUGUUGACAUUCGAACCUUAGCAGACAGCGUGUGUCGCUACGAUCUCAAUGAGGUGGAUGUAGCAUGGUUGCAGCUUGCCAAUGAAGAAUUCAAAGAAAUGGGGAUGCCUGAGCUGGAUGAGUACACGAUGGAAAGGGUCAUAGAGGAGUUUGAACAACGAUGCUACGAUAACAUGAGUCAUGCUAUUGAGACGGAAGAAGGACUUGGGAUUGAAUAUGAUGAAGACGUUGUCUGUGAUGUCUGUCAGUCUCCAGAUGGAGAAGAUGGCAAUGAAAUGGUGUUUUGUGACAAAUGCAAUAUUUGCGUGCACCAGGCCUGUUACGGGAUCCUGAAGGUGCCGGAAGGCAGCUGGCUGUGCAGGACCUGCGCGCUUGGCGUUCAGCCCAAGUGUUUGCUGUGUCCCAAGAAGGGUGGUGCCAUGAAGCCGACCCGCAGUGGCACCAAGUGGGUCCACGUUAGUUGUGCUCUGUGGAUUCCAGAGGUGAGCAUCGGAAGCCCAGAAAAAAUGGAGCCCAUCACAAAGGUUUCUCACAUUCCCAGCAGUAGGUGGGCACUGGUGUGCAGCCUUUGUAAUGAAAAAGUUGGAGCUUCUAUACAGUGUUCAGUGAAGAACUGCAGAACAGCCUUUCACGUCACCUGUGCAUUUGACCGCGGCUUGGAGAUGAAGACCAUACUGGCGGAGAAUGAUGAGGUGAAAUUUAAGUCUUACUGUCCCAAGCACAGCUCCACCAAGAAAACAGAUGAUGAGACUUUCAGUGAAAGCCCAGGUCAGGAGAAUGGGAACGGGAUUCAGGACAGCUCUCUUCCUGCCCACAUCGAUGCUUUCCACAGCAUGGAUCAAAACCAGGAGGAGGCCCACAGGGUCAGCCUCCGCAAGCAGAAGCUCCAGCAGCUGGAGGAUGAGUUCUAUACAUUUGUUGAGUCUUUGGAAGUGGCUAAAGCGCUGCGGCUGCCUGAGGAGCCGGUGGGAUUCCUUUACCAGUACUGGAAGCUGAAGAGAAAAGCCAACUUCAAUAAGCCUUUGAUUACCCCAAAGAAGGAUGAAGAGGACAAUCUGGCUAAACGGGAACAGGAUGUUCUGUUCAGAAGACUGCAGCUCUUCACACACCUCCGGCAGGAUCUGGAGCGGGUGCGUAAUCUCACUUACAUGGUGACCCGAAGGGAAAAAAUCAAGAGAUCUGUUUGCAAAGUUCAAGAGCAGAUAUUUAAUAUCUACGCAAAGCAGCUGGAACAAGAAAGAGUUUCAGGUGUGCCUUCCUCAUUCUCCUCAAUGGAAAACACGGUGUUGUUCAAUAGUCCAUCUUUGGGCCCCAAUGCCCCUAAGAUAGAGGAUUUGAAAUGGCAUUCGGCGUUCUUCAGGAAACAAAUGGGCACAUCUCUAAGCCACUCUUUGAAAAAACCACACAAGAGAGACACAGUAAGAAACAGCUCUGGGAACGACAGCAAAUCCAUGCUGCGGCAGCCCAGCCAAAGGGAAGGCGGUGCAGCUCCAGGUAGCUUUUUAAAUUUUGACAAGACCUUUGCAGAAACACGGCUUGUAUCAGCACAGCAGAAAAAUGGCAUAGUUAUACCAGACCACAGAAAAAGAAGAGACAAUCGUCCCCAGUGCGAGGUGAUCAAGGCAGAGCUAAAGGAAAAGACUUCUAAACACAACCACAAACCACUGAGACCCACAGAACUCUCUCAGAGGCAAUCAGAAAAUAAAAGGGCUGUGAACCACUCCGGUGGUAGGUCAGCACCUGGCACGCGGAGGGAUAUAGUGCCUAAAUGCAAUGGGGGGCUUGUCAAAGUAAACUCUACUCAGACAGUAGUUAAAGUGCCUACGACGCCCACGAGCCCAGUGAAAAACUGGGGCGGAUUCCGAAUUCCAAAGAAGGGGGAGAGGCAACAGCAGGGUGAGAGCCCGGAGGAGACCUGCCGCCAGAACUCCAGCUACCCCUACCUGGGCGUGGGCAGAGUUUCACCGAAGGACAGGCCAAAAAGCAAGCUAAAGCCUGACAGUGAGAAUGAUGGGUACAUCCCCGAUGUCGAAAUGAGCGACUCAGAGACUGAAGUGGCUGAAAAAAAGUGCAGGCAGCAGAGGCUCAGUCCAGACAGCACUAUCAGCAGAAGGACAGACAUUAUUAGGCGAAGCAUCCUGGCAUCCUGACUGGACACAGGGACACGGUGUCAGCACCGUGGUCAGUAGAGUCACUGCCUACAAGCCAACUCCACAUUAUUUAUUGGUGUGAGAGAGGAGAGUUCUUAGACGUGGCUACAGAUUGACAAAUCGAUAACCCAUUAUUCCUGAGCUGUAUAAACAUGUUUACAUGCACUUAAAGCUGGUUUUUUUUGCCCCCGCCCCCAUUCUGUGAGAAGUUUGAAUCUCCUUUAUUUGCAACUUUCCUGAGUAAGCAGAGAAAUGACAUCACUACUAUAAUAGGAUUUGUGAUGAACACUAAAAUAACUCAUGAAAACCUUUUAGAAAGGGGCUAGGGUGGGUAGGGGAAGUAGGCUGCAUUCAUCCCUUGUAGUUAAAAAGCACUGAGAAAAUUUUACUCCCUUCCCCUGCGUUCUGGAAAAGCACAAGCUCUUAACUAGUGUGUAUUGAAUGGAAGAUGGUUGUUUAACCAUACUGCACUGCUAAACCCCAUUACAAAUGGUCACUUUCCUUGGAUGGUGGUAGGUCUUUUUUUCCCCUCUUGGCAGAGUGUUUUGUCUUGCAUUCAGUUUGAGCAUAGAUGGCCGCUCAAAACCCUCCAUAAGCUCCAGAGUUUACAUGUCAAGACACUUACUUAUGAGAUGACCAGAUUGAACCGUGAUGUUAUACUGGAGGAGGAGGAAGGGACAGGUCAGGGUUGCAGCUGUCUUGCAGUGCAACAGCAGCUUGGAAAGACUCAGACUGAGCAAGGUCUGAGAAAGGGAGCAGGCUUGUGGGUUGCAGCAGCCCGUGGAGUAACCCUUCACCGUUGAGUCAGUCACCUGCCUCUGGGAGUCUGAUGACAAUUCAAGAAAAAAAUAAUUUCUAAGGCACUAGUCGGUAGGAUUUCCCAAAGCCCACCACAUAUGCACUAAUGGUACGUACUGGGAAAGCCAGGCUUAUGACACUAAAGGGUUGCUUUAAAGUGGACAUGAAUAUAUAUUUUUAAACAGAGUAAAAUGGAGAGGCAAUAAAUUGUGAUUAGCUCUUUACAGUCAAAAGAAGAAAAAAUAUUUCAUUCUAUUCUGGACUAGAUUUGAUGGAAGAGGGAACUCAUAUUCUGAUAGUGUACUUUUUUU